AUGCCAAACGCAACACUCAAUGUUGAUUCCGGCGAUAGAAGAAUUGCCGGGCCCAGCAAUGGCGAGCUUCUCACCCCAAUGAUACUCCCCGGGGAUGGUGUUCCCCUCCGUUUGGACUUCCUCGACGAUGAUAUGUCCCGUAUCGAAGAAAAACAUGACAGGCCUCCUGAACAGGUCUUGAAAUCGAAAUCGGAUCACAAGGCCGACAUUUGGGCUACCGCUGUUGCUGUGAGGAUCUUACUUUGCGGCAAAAGAAAGAAGCUGACACACUCUAUGCAGGCGUGGAAUUACACCAGUUCCCAAGGGCUCAUUGACGGACGAAACUCAGACGGAGCCUUUGAUGACCGGGUCCACGUCGCAGAGCUAGUUUCUCUACUUGGCCCUCCUGCGCCAGAGUUUCGGGACAAGAUGCGAUUAGGCUCCACGUUCUGGGACGAAGAAGGGAAUUGGACGGGUCAGGCUCCCAUACCAGAUCGAAGCUUCGAGAGCCUAGCAGCUGGCAAUGUCGACGGUGAGGAUGUGGAAGGCUUCUUGCAGUGGAUGCAAAACGCACUACAGUGGGAUCCUGACCAUCGGCCGACAGCUCUGGGGCUCUUGCGUCAUGAGUGGAUGUCUCGGAGAACAAAGGUUAUUGAGGGGGGUAAGCAUGUAUCCGACGAGAAUACUUGA